ACUCAAAUCAAACUAUAGACGUUAGCUUCGGGGUCAUGCUAACAUUACAAGAUUGGAACAUUGCUUACAGUUGCACCACGAUGAGGCCAUUUCUCCACCCCAUAUUGUGAUAACAGACUCUUCCAAAGCCGGGAAGGUGAGAAGCCAGCAAACCAGAAGAUCACAGAGAAGAGGACGAGAGAAACAGAACAGCAUUACUUGGUCCCCUGCAAGGAAAUAGAAGCUGUCCAAGGUGAUAAUGCGGGAUCACACAUCCAGUGCUCAUGUGGAGGAGCUGUUGAGACAGUCUCAAAUGGAGUUACAGUGGAUCCAGAGACAGCUGGCCAUGAUCGCUGCCAGAAACAUACACCAUCACCACCUGCACACCAAGGGCAAGUCAAGAUAUGAAGUUUCAUCCCAGCAAGGUACUGGACUCUCAGUCUGCAAUGUAAGCCACUUACUUCGAUUGCUGGAGGAAAGAAACCGAGCUCUGAAGCUUGAAGUAGCUACACUACGCCAAGAGAAACAGCACUACAGAAAACUGAAAGCAAAGCUCCAUGCUGCCUUGCAGGAGAAAAAUCGUCUGAACCUUGAGCUAAUCAACCACCACCUAAAGGCAUCCAAGUAUGACCAGGUGCAAUCAGACUAUGACCAGCUGAGACAGACCUUUGCUGUAGUGAGCCAGGAGAGAGACGUGGCCCAGCAGCAGAGGAACCAACUCCAAGGCAAAGUGGAGAACCUGGAACAGGUUCUAAAGCAUAUGCAUGAGGCUGUAGAGCUGAAGCGUCAGCUGCAGAUAGAGCAUGAGCAAGCCUUGGUGGCCCUUCACACCAAACAGAAGGAGAUCAAUCUACUGCAAAAGGUUCAAGCUGACCAAGAGCAUGAGGAAGCAGUACGUCUGUUAGAGGUCAAGGUUUGUGACCUGGAGCAGAAAUGCAGGUCACAGAGUGAACACUACCACCAGCGGUCCAAAGAGCUGCUGAAUUUCCAUUUGCAAUCAGAUACUGUGGACCUUAAAAUUAAUCCCACAUCCUUAUCCCAGAUCCCCGUCUCAACAGAGAAGGAACUCUCACAAGUCACCAUUGGAUUUGAAGCCCAUCCUGAGGCAGGCGAUGAGAGCGCGGCAAACACGCCGCUUCUGAUCUCCCAGUUCUUGCCCUGCAUACCACAGACUGGAGACAGAGAAAGACCAGAACUGCUGUCUGUCAAAUUCAGCCCCGUGAAAACGGACCGCCCCAGCAGCCCUCGAAAGCUGACCCUGUUAGAGAUGGAGGAUGAGGUCAGCCCAUCACCCAGGUCCAAGCCUCGCUACACAGGCCAGGUCCGCCUUUGCACUGCCCGUUACAGUUACAACCCUUAUGAUGGACCGAACGAGCAUCCUGAAGCAGAACUACCCCUUGUGGCUGGAAAGUAUCUGUACGUCUAUGGAAACAUGGACGAUGAUGGCUUCUAUGAAGGGGAGCUGCUGGAUGGCCAACGAGGACUUGUUCCUUCCAACUUUGUGGAAUUUGUCCAGGAUAAGGAAAAACUAGCAAUUCAGUGUGGGGAUGGAGGGGAAGACCUGGGCACACUGGACCAUGCACCCCUGGCCUUGAUGGCAGUGGAUGGAGGUGCCUCCCAGGAUGGCCUCCUGGGAUCAGCUAACGCCUUGGUUCCCUGUAGCAAUGGGACAGGGGGGCCUCUGGACCUUGAGGACCUGGCUGAAGAUGUUGUGCCUUAUCCCAGAAAGAUCUCUUUGAUCAAGCAGCUGGCACGGAGUGUCAUUGUGGCCUGGGAGCCUCCACUAGUGCCUUUGGGCUGGGGGAGCAUCUCUGGCUAUAAUGUGUUAGUAGACGGGGAGCUUCGUGCCAGCAUAGUGUACGGUGGGCGGACGAAGUGUUUGCUGGAGAAGCUGGACCUGGACGGCUGCGUUCAUCGUGUGUCGGUCCAGAGUGUCACGGACCGGGGCCUGUCAGAUGAGCUGCGCUGCACCGUGCUGGUGGGAGCCAACGUGGUGGUGGCACCGUGUGGUCUGCGGGUGGAUGACAUCCAGCGUGACACUGCUGAACUCUCCUGGUUGCCUAGCAACAGUAACUAUGGCCACACCGUGUUCUUGGACGGGGUAGAGCAUGCAGUGGUAAAGCCAGGAAGGUAUAGACUACGGUUCCUCAACUUGAAGCCCCUGACAGUGUACAAAGUGACGGUGGUGGCACAGCCGCACCAGGUGCCAUGGCAACUGCCGCUGGAGCAGAGAGAGCGGAAAGACGCUGGUGUGGAGUUCUGCACUCAGGCUGCAGGCCCUCCCCAGCCUCCCCAAGAUGUACAGGUGCACUGUGGGCAGGCUCCAGGAAUCCUACAGGUCCGCUGGAAGCCCCCUGUCCUCUCUCCCACGGGCACAUCUAAUGGGGCAAACGUUGUUGGCUACGCAGUCUGCACUAAAGGACAGAGGAUUGCUGAGGUGUUGUACCCAAUGGCAGACUACGUUACUGUUGAGCUGACAAGGAUUCAGUGCCUGGAGGCCAGGGAAGUCAUCGUAAGGACGCUGUCAGUACAGGGAGAAUCCCAGGACUCCCAAGUCGCCGUCAUUCCAAACAACCUGCUCGUGCCUCUACCUGCGCUUCCCCUGCCACCACCAAUGCACCCCCACGCAGGCCCCCCUCCACACCCUCAUCCUCAACCCCACCUCCAAUCCCCUCACCUGCCUCAUGCCACACCCCAACUUCCUCCUCCACCCCAGGCACUUGGACAACCACAUCCUCCACACCCUCAACCCCAUCCCAGACUUCCCCAUCCAGGUGGACCCACGCAACCCAUGCUUCGACCCCCACAUCCUCAACCCCAGCCCCUACAUCUUCAGCCUCACCCGCCCCACCAAGGUCCCAGGCCCCAGCACCAACUGCCUCUGCUACCCCAUCCCCAACACCACCCUAUACCUCAGAGACCAGUAUGUGCCAGAGACCUGGAUGCCAAAGAGCACGCGACCCACCACGGGGGAGCUAUUCCACCUGGCCAGCCUGGCUGGGACCCCACACGCUCUCCCUCUUCCCAGCCUCCUGUGCCAACGCAAGGCCACACCCUUGAGGCCCCGCCCCCUCCCAAUCCGCGCUCCCCAUCCCCCCAGAGGAUUCUUCCGCAGCCACGGGGCACGCUUAUCCCGGACACUGUGGCCAAAGCUAUCGCCCGAGAAGCAGCGCAGAGGGUGGCAGCAGAAAGUGGCAAGGGGGACAGGAGGCAGGGCAGAUACGGAGAGCAGGGUCAUUCAUUUCCCCAGCAUCACUCUGAUGAGGAAGAGGAAGAUGAAGAAGGCUUUGUGCACGGCCGACGGAGAGGACCCUCCGUUGAUGAGUUCCUCAGAGGCUCUGAGCUGGGGAGGCCGCCUCACUAUAGUCACAAUGAAGAUUAUCACAGCGAAAGCAGCCGGGGCUCUGACCUGUCUGACAUCAUGGAAGAGGAUGAGGAGGAGCUGUACUCUGAGAUGCAGCUGGAAGAGGGACGCCGACGCAACUCGCACAACACACCCAAGACGAACACUCCGGCUGGAGGCCGUCAUGACCGUGAGACCGGGAGAAGAAUUCAUCAUGGCGGCUCCCAGCCUCAGAGACGACCUCUAAUGGUCCCCUCCAUUGAGGUAACCUCUGAGAAUAACAGUGAGGGAAACCUCUCCCCAAUCAACGAGGAUGUUUACUAUGGCAGAGUAGCUCGGCACAGGACGUGGUCAUCCCGCAGGCACAUGGGCGGCACCAGGUCUCCCCAUGAUGGCUACAGGGAUCGGGAUCGCCGCUCUCCCACGUACUAUGAUGAGUCAGAGCCAGAGGAGUCCUUCCGCAUCUUUGUGGCCCUCUUUGACUAUGAUCCUCUGUCCAUGUCCCCCAACCCAGAUGCAGCUGAUGAGGAGCUGCCCUUCAAAGAGGGGCAGAUCAUUAGGGUGUAUGGCGAUAAAGAUACAGAUGGGUUUUACAGAGGAGAAGUGAGGGGCAGGAUGGGGCUGAUACCCUGUAAUAUGGUGUCAGAAAUACGAGCGGAGGACGAGGAGACAUUGGACCAGCUCAUCAAGCAGGGCUUCCUGCCGCUCAGCACCCCUGUGGACAGAAUAGAGCAGAACAGAAGAGGUCUCCGUCGAGAUCAGGCCUCGAGGAGGAUGGUGGCUCUGUACGACUAUGACCCCAGAGAGAGCUCCCCUAAUGUUGAUGUGGAGGCUGAGCUGACCUUCUGUGCUGGUGACAUUAUGGCUGUCUUUGGAGAUAUUGAUGAAGACGGAUUCUAUUAUGGUGAGAUCAACGGCCACCGUGGCCUGGUUCCCUCUAACUUCCUGGAAGAAGUGCCUGAUGAUGUGGAGGUGUAUCUGACCGAUAUUCCGUCCCACUACCCCCAGGAAGAGUCUGCAACCCGGCCCCCUGCCAACUCUGCCGCCUCCAUCUCAGAGGGCAAACGGGUACAUCAUCAUCGCCGCUCUCAGCGCUAGGCCCUGUGUUCAUCCAUCCUCCGUCCUCUCUCUUGAUUUCCGUCUCUCGCUUCCUCCACUUGCCGUCUGUGUGCUGUUCAUUGUGUGUGUUUGUCCAUGUGGUGACAGUGGUGACUCUUUACAAACUAACAACCCCCAACCUCCCUCCUCCCUCCUUCUCACCCUUUGGAAAAGGGGACAAAAGUCCAGUGUUAACACCUUCCUGAGUCUCAGAGAAAGGAAGAAGCAAAGCCUGACACGGACAGAGAGAGGAUAGACUGUGGGAGCUCUGCGCGUGAUUUAUGCAUGUAGCACUGGUUAAGGAGGACUUGAAAAAGGCUGAACUCAUUCCUUACACAAGAUAAUUUGGUACCUCUUUGCACUGAAACACAAAAUCAAAUUGUGGUUAUUGUGUAUAAUGAUAAUAAGAAGAAAGUGCUUUAUUAACACAUAACAAUUGCUACCCAAUGACACUGAAAUAAAUUAUUUGAGAAGAAAACUAUAAAGAUGAAAAAGAGAGAAAAGCAUGCCUUUUUCAAACUUGAUACAUUUUAUAAUAACUUUCUUGGCCUGACUGCUGUAUUUCCUUAAAGAGGCGUUGUUCCUUUAUGUAUAUUGCACACACAUCAAAUCUAUUUUUCAGCCCUGUUGACAGUGGAUAUGCCAUGUUUGCUCUGAGCUCGAGAGACAAAACUAAUCGCAGCACUGAUACAUCCAUAUUGUGUUGUUACAAUGGAACAAUAAAAGAAAAAAAUUGGAUAUUAAAACAAUUCUUUUUUUGCA